UACAAGAAUAAAUCGCCUUUUUUGUCCACCUCCAUUUAAACGCUCUGUGCACAUAAAACUGAAACAUUCAAACAUAUACAUACCCAAACGCCAAACCCUAUUUUUCAUUAUUGAACACGAGUUAAAAAAAGAAAACAAUGGCGUUCCAUAACAAUCAUUUCAAUCACUUCAUCGACCAACAACACCAGCCUCCUCCUCCCUCUCAGCAGCAGCAGGAACACCAUUUCCACGAAUCCACUCCUCCUAACUGGCUCCUCCGCUCCGAUAACAAUUUCCUAAACCUCCAAACUGCCGCCUCCGCCGCAGCAACAAGCUCAGACUCUCCUUCCUCCGCCGCCGCUAACCAGUGGCUCUCUCGAUCCACUUCUUUCCUCCAACGCGGCGGGGGAGCUAACAACAAUAACGUCGGUUCAGGUGACGUCAUCGACGACGUUACUACCGGCGGAGAGGAGUCAAUGAUCGGCGAGAGGAAGGAGGCGGAGAGGUGGCAGAAUGCGAGACACAAGUCGGAGAUACUCUCUCAUCCACUAUACGAACAGCUUUUGUCGGCACACGUGGCGUGCCUGAGGAUCGCCACGCCGGUGGAUCAGCUUCCUAGGAUCGAUGCACAGCUAGCUCAGUCGCAGAACGUUGUGGCCAAGUACUCUACUAUGGACGCUGCUGCUCAAGGACUCAUCUCCGGUGAUGAAAAGGAGCUUGACCACUUCAUGACGCAUUAUGUACUAUUGCUGUGCUCUUUUAAAGAACAACUGCAGCAGCAUGUCCGUGUCCAUGCAAUGGAAGCUGUUAUGGCCUGUUGGGAGAUUGAGCAGUCUCUUCAAAGCUUAACAGGAGUGUCUCCUGGUGAAGGCACAGGAGCCACAAUGUCUGAAGACGAAGAUGAGCAAGUAGAGAGUGAUGCUCAUUUGUAUGAUGGAAGCUUAGAUGGGUUAGGGUUUGGUCCUCUAGUCCCCACUGAGAGCGAGAGAUCCUUAAUGGAACGAGUUAGGCAAGAACUCAAACAUGAACUCAAGCAGGGCUACAAGGAGAAAAUUGUUGACAUAAGAGAGGAGAUAUUGAGAAAGAGAAGAGCUGGGAAAUUACCAGGAGACACCACCUCUGUUCUCAAAGCUUGGUGGCAGUCUCAUUCUAAGUGGCCUUACCCUACUGAGGAAGAUAAGGUGAGGUUGGUACAGGAGACGGGGUUGCAGCUCAAACAGAUAAACAAUUGGUUCAUCAAUCAAAGAAAGAGGAAUUGGCAUAGCAAUCCAUCUUCUUCUACCGUCCCAAAGAACAAACGUAGAAGGUGAAAAUAGCGGAAGAGAGCGUUGAUGACGUCAGUUUGUAGCUGCGCAUGGAGAUAUCCAAUAGUUUGAUAGAAUGUUGGAUAUCCAAAGACAAAAAUCCACAAAAUCAACGUAGAACGUAUUUUUCUGUGUGUGACAUUGCAUGGUUUAUGUGACUUCAUAUAAGCGUAAUUAUUAGGGAACACACGAAACCCAAAAGACGAAGAAUCAGAAGCAUGAUUUGUAAUAUGAGGGUUAGGGUGGAAUUUAUGAUAGGAUCUUCACUACCAUCUCCACCAUCAUCAUAUCUUGUGAAUAAUAAGGAGUUUUCUCUUUUAGCAAAUGUGCAAAUUGAUUAUUUGCCGUGCUA